UACUAUUCCCCCCCGGGUUUCAUUCGUCUCUAUCUCUCAAUCCCUCGCCGGUCUCCCACGCUGACCAUCGCCCCCCAUCUCGCCAAAUCUCCACGAACCUUUCCAAAACUUUCGAUUCGACCCUGCUCUUCCCCCAUCGAUCUUCAUCAAUUCGCCGAUCGCAAUCGCAAUCCCGUCGUUGUCGUCGUCGUCGUCGUCGGAGUUUCUGAUUUCGAUACUUGGAUUGAUUUCCGUGGGGGGGUGUGGGGGAAUCGGAUCGGAUUUCGGGAGAAUGUACGUGAAGGCUGUGCCGCCGACGGAUCUGAACCGGAACACGGAGUGGUUCACGUACCCCGGGGUGUGGACGACGUACAUCCUCAUCGUGUUCAUCUCCUGGCUCAUCGUCCUCUCCCUCUUCAGCUGCUCCCCCGGGAUGGCCUGGACCAUCGUCAACCUCUCCCACUUCCUCGUAACUUAUCAUUUCUUUCAUUGGAAGAAGGGCACGCCAUUUUCUGAUGACCAGGGAAUCUACAAUGCUUUGACUUGGUGGGAACAGAUAGACAAUGGCAAGCAACUCACUCGGAAUAGGAAGUUUUUGACUGUCGUUCCUGUGGUGCUGUAUCUCAUAGCCUCACACACAACAGACUAUAAGAACCCGAUGCUCUUCCUUAACACUUUGGCGGUAUUUGUAUUGGUGGUGGCAAAGUUUCCCAAUAUGCACAAGGUACGCAUAUUCGGAAUAAAUGCUGAUCACUAACUGGAGGCUUCCUGGGUGGAUUAUUUUGGGAUGUAUGAGCCAAUGGUGACGUUGCUGUGCCGUGCCAGAGCUGAGAACCGGAAGAUGUAUCUUUUCCCCCUUUGCUUUUAAGGAUUUUAUGUAUGAUGCUUCUAGUUACACAUCAAACAGAAAAAGUAUAUUCUUAUUAGCCCGGAUCCCUAGGAUGAAUGUCUUCUUUCAGUUAAAGACAGAUUAGGUGAAGCUUGUUGCUUUGCUAUUUUGCUCCCCUACCAUGGGGAUCCUUUUUGUCUUCAUAUAGCUUAAUGAUGAUUUUUGUUCUAUAA